AUGUGCUGGGCGCGUAUUAAGCAGUCACACCCCUUGCGCCGGCUCAGAUCGAUAAGAUUAUCAGAUUCGGCAGAUGUCCAGAGGCAGAUCGAGAAGUCACGGCAGCUGUUCCUGGUGCAUGCGCAAUCUAAAAUAGCGCCUCAAUCUCUCGAUGGAGCGCGAAUUAUCAGGCUCUGCCGUAUGAAGUGGAGCGUGUUCGGGAUACAGGGUCGACGAAGGUGCGCCUCACCUUCCAUCUCAACAAUCUGUACCCGAUGCACCAGGGCCUCUACCGUUUAA